UUAAUAAGUUCCGUUAGCAAAUUGGAUCUCCCGUUUACCAGGCACCAGAGACGAUAUAUAAAAUUAAAAGAAGGGGCCUUUGAUCUCCGAUCAGAAGCUGAUUUUGGUGGAAACUGAAAACAAUGAACUUUCUGCUGUCACGGUCUAAUCAACAGGCAACGCCAGAACUGCCUCCUCCAGUACCAGAAGAGGUGCCGGAGCCUAUUUCUGUUUCUAAUUCCGUGACAUCAUUGGAAGGGCUUAUAGCUGAAGAUCAAUUUCCAAAGUACCCUACAGUUGCAAACCAUGAUGCACAAGCCAUUGGAUAUUUAGGUGAGAAUGCUGGUGUUGGGAAUGAUAAGAAAUCUUCUGUCCCUGGGGAUCACAUAGAUGUUUCUGAAGAAGAUGGAUGGAUCACUAUUCCAAAUAAGGAUCUCCCUGAUGAUUGGAAUUGUGCAUCCGACAUACUUUCAUUACGUUCCUUGGAACGUUCUUUUGUUUUUCCUGGUGAACAAGUUCAUGUUCUAGCAUGCUUAUCAGCAUGUAAUCAGGAAACAGAAAUUAUCACCCCAUUUAAAGUUGCUGCAGUGAUGAGUAAAAAUGGCAGGAGAAAGGGUGCUCGGAAACAAAAUGGAAACAUGGAGGGUGUGACAAAUCCAGUGCCUCAAGGAGGGGAUGUGAGUCCUCAUGGUGCAGUUAUGGAUCAGAAUGGUGACAAUUUGGGGAAAGAUAAGAUUGAUCCUGCCAAGGAUGUCUCUGCUAGUGAAUCAUUUCUUAGAAUGGAAGAUUCCAGAAGACAGACUGAAACACAGUUGAAAAGGUUUAAGAACUCCCAUUUCUUUGUCAGGAUUGCAGAGUCUGGUGAGCCUCUCUGGUCAAAAAAAGGUUCUUCUGGGACAGCUUCUGAGUCAUCUGAGAUGGACAGCCAACAAUCUAUUGCAAAUGAAACCAAAAACAAUGCCGAGAAAAUAUCUACACAAAAUGCAGUAAUUGACAUAGGGGAUUUUGAUGCUGGUGUUUCUGGAGGAGUGGCUAGAGAUGCUAUUAAGUGUUUCUCACUUUCCAAUGGAGACAUAGUGGUACUUUUAAAAGUGAAUGUUGGUGUUGAUUUUCUUAGAGAUCCUGUCAUUGAAAUUCUUCAGUUUGAGAAAUAUCAAGACAGAAACCCUUCUUCUGAGAACCGGCACAACUUAGUGUAUGCAAAUCAGGACCCAUGCAGAGAACUGUUGAAAUGGUUGCUUCCUCUGGAUAACACUCUUCCCACACCUCCCAUUUUAUCCCCCCUUCCUUUAGGAUCUGUUUCUGGAAUCAGUAGCACAUCUCACAGGUCCUCUCAGCUCUUUUCUUUUAGUAAUUUGAGAAGUUACUCCAUGUCAGCACUUCCUCAAAGUGUUACACCUCCUCCUGGACCUGUUAAAGCCCAAAGUUCUAAACCAUCAUUUGACCUUAAUGAGGUGGAUCAUUCCUCUUCUCAGAAUAAUUUAAGAGGUAAAAACUCAGGGAUUGAAGAGCUUUUAUCUUUUCGGGGUGUGUCACUAGAGCGAGAAAGAUAUUCUGUCCAUUGUGGAUUAGAAGGGAUCCAUAUCCCAGGAAGAAGAUGGAGAAGGAAACUUCAAAUAAUUCAACCCAUUGAGAUCCGUUCUUAUGCUACUGACUGUAAUACAGAUGACCUUCUUUGUGUUCAGAUAAAGAAUGUCUCACCAGAAAAUAUACCAGAUAUUGUAAUAUACAUAGAUGCUGUAUCAGUUGUUUUGGAAGAGACUUCUAAAGGUGGACAACCUCCUUCCCUACCGAUUUCAUGUAUUGAAGCUGGAGAUGACCAUAGUUUGCCAAAUCUAGCUCUGAGGAGGGGUGAAGAGCACUCUUUUAUUUUAAAACCAGUGUCUUCCAUAUGGAAGGAUGUCAAAACUUAUGGAGAAACAUAUAAAUCGUCUGGUUUGCAACCCCAUUCCCAGACUUCCAAUAGGAAGUGGAGUGUUUCGAUUGUUAACCACUAUGCAGUUAUGGUAUCUUGUCGUUGCAACUACACAGAAUCAAGAUUGUUUUUCAAGCAGCCAACAAGUUGGAGACCACGUAUUCCUAGGGAUAUUAUGAUCUCAGUUGCAUCAGAGAUGCCAGGACGACAUUCUGGACCCGUUGAAGGAGUCACUCAACUUCCAGUUCAGGUUUUAACUCUUCAGGCUUCAAAUUUGUCUCCUGAAGAUCUAAUUAUGACAGUUCUUGCUCCAACGUCAUCUACCUCACCUCCAUCUGUGGUAUCCUUGAAUUCUCCGACAACUGUAGUACAAAAACCUGGCUCAAUGGCCACUAUAUCUGACAAUCAGAGAGGGAAUGGUGAUGCUGGGGCUAGGUUUACAUCUUCCUAUGAUCAGUUGACUCCGAUUGAUGAUUUCAUUCCAACUUCUGGUUUGGGAUGUAGUCAUCUCUGGCUGCAGAGUCGAAUACCACUAGGACGUGUUCCUGCACAAUCUACGGCAACCAUUAAGCUUGAGCUACUUCCUUUGACUGAUGGCAUAAUCACUCUUGACACUUUACAGAUCUAUGUUAAGGAGAAAGGUCUUACAUACAUCCCUGAGCAGUCAUUGAUCAUAAACACGACUUCUAGUGUCUCCACAGGGAUUAUCUAGGGAUGGGUUGCAAAUUGUAUUUCUUUCUUCAUCUUGUUAUUUAUAGCCGUCACCGUCAACAAGGAUUUCGAAGCGGUCAUUCCAAUUUUGCAGAAUCUUUGGUACACAGACAAGUGAGCAGA